AAGAUGAGGUGGUCUCGAAAAUAUUAUAGUGUACUUUUGUAAUAGCACUGCUUAAACAAUCGAAAAUGGUCACCAUUGCAGGAAAAUACGUUCACGAGAAACACACCAAUCUUGUUGAAUAUUUGGUUGCAACUGGAAUUCCUGAGGAACUCGCUAAGAAAGCUGACGCAUCCAAACCAGAAGUUGUGAUCGACGUUGACGGCAAAAAAAUCCAACUGGUAACGACAUUCACCCCGGAACAUGUUUUCACCUCGAAUUACGUUGACGGUGAGGAAGUUGACGAACUUUCCGGCACAGUAAAGGAUGCUAAAAGCACUGCAGUAAUCAAAGGUGACGUUUUGGAAGUCUCAUCGAAAUACAAUGACGGAAAGGUUGGAUCGAAGGUUUACAAAUUCACUGACGAAGGAUUCACAGUUACUCUGACCAAAACUGGAGCUCCAGAGGCCACCCUAACCUUCAAAAGAUCGUAAACCUACAGGGCUAUCCAGGAUUUAUCCAGGAGUGACGCACCAUCCCUUGAUAUUGUUAUUA